AUGGAUCUUCAGGGCAAAGAAGCCCGGAAGGAAGAGGGUGAAAGACCCCUCGAGGCAUAUGGUGCGGGUGGUCGUUCAAAAGAGUAUCACAAGAACGAGGGGCGGGACUCGCAAACACACGAUGAUCGCAAUUCGAUUCAUCCACCCCGCCGUCGUCAGCCACCAUUUUCCUACCCUCAUGGAGCUCAGAAAACAACCUCGACCACCGUGACUCGGCCUCGGGAGCCUUCGCCAUCACCAGAAGCCAUCGGUAUACCCCAAGCUUUGGGACUAAGCUCCCGCGAUCAGCGCCUACUUCGCAAGGCGCGGAGAUCCCCGCCGGUCACCAAGAAGACCUUGAGCGAGCUUGAUUUGCCGUGUAUCAUGGGAAACAUCAAUCUUCGUAUGGAUGCGAAUUUCGAUCGCGACCUUCACUUCAAGCCGGACCUGGAUGGGGAAAAGGGUAAACGGAAGAGAAAGGAAGCCGCGGAUUAUUGGGACUCAUUGGCUUCGGAGAUUGCGGUAUACUCUUUCCGCGCCGCAUUCGAAGCUACCGAAAUCGAGGAUGUCGCCUCGAGCGAUGGAGCUCGACGCACCUUCGACCCCCGUUUGCCCGCCUUAUUCGAGACAUUACAAGAUGUCAUCAAAACUCUCGUUCCGGAACGGGAUCAUGCGACGGUCAUGCAGAACCUGGAAGUUCCUUUGCUCAUGCAGCAAAUCCGAAAAGGUGUAUUUGACAUGCUGACGCUGGCAACAUGGCUGGCAGCGCUGUUAAAAACACAUUGUGCUCCCAUGCGUGACGAGUGGGCAGAUUGUAUGGUCGAGCAAAUCAAAAAAGGUUCUCAGUCACAAGAUCCCAAAGAAAUCGUGAAUGGUCUUCAAACAUUGUUUGCCAUAUUGGAAGCGAUGAAAUUGGAUGUCGCCAACCACCAAAUCCGAGCCUUCCGUGUUCUAUUAAUAGAGGAUACAGUUCCUUUCCUUCAAGAGUAUUUCAAGGGCAAAAUGAGCCGAGGCAGUUUCCAAGCCGAGUCCGCACGCGAUUGGUACCUUUCCGUACGGACACAGGCCCGUCAAGAAGACGCAACCGAUGAAAAGGCCCCAGUCGAAACAGACGACACUCUCAAACCCCUCGAAGCCCUCUUCCGUGGCAUUUCCGACCAACUACUCCAAUUCAACCCACCGGCCGACUACCCCGAAACCUUCCUUUUCGACUCUGAGCGCCUCUGGCAGCUCCGCUCUACCGUUCAAAAUCUCAUCAACCUUGAUAUCGCCUGGUACAUCUUCGAAUCCUACGUGAACAAACACAAGCGGUAUCUUUCAGCACCCGAGGAGACCUACUCCACCUUCCGUUCGCGUAUCUGGUCGCUCAUGGAAGACGGCAUGGAUCUGGAAAACCGCAUCGCUGGGAAUCCCAAUAACAACGACGACAACCCCGAUCACCGUGGUGGGAAGCGUUGGACUCAGAACAUGCGCUGCAUAGCGCUUGAAAUUGCUCGGUUUGCUUGUGCCGCACUGCAGCUUGAUGCAGUUGUCGCCGAUGAAGUCAUCGUGCCCAUCGAGGAGGCCCUGGAAUGGCACCUCACGAACGAGUCCAACCUUUUUGUUUAUUUCCAAAACAGCAUGCGUGAAAAGGUCCUGGCUGCCACCUUGGUGGCGGCGAAGCGCUACUUGCCCCUGUCGCCGUUGGCGAUCUGCGAGUCACAGCGGGCUCCGCCGUCUACAGUUCCGGUUGGGACUGGGUCGGCCUCUGCGCCUUUGACUCCGCAACAACUAGACAUUGAGCGCAUUGGUAUGCGCCUUGCUCACAUGGGUGUUCUGCAUUGGCGUGUUUGGGCGCCGCUGCUGUACCUCCGCGAUGAGAUUGCCACAGCGGAGCUUGAGCCGGCCCUGAUUUGA